AUGACAGCAAUAAAUCGCACCAACAUGGAUUCAGCUACAAUUGAUGUUUCAUCAUCACUUUGGCGUGCUGCUACAGAUCCUCCUCCUUCAUUUGAUGGAAGUUUUAUCUCAUCUUGGCGGGAUCACCAUCAUCCACAUCCUCAUGAUUUAGUUGUACAUCAUGAUUACAGUCCAUUUCGUUUCUCUGACCCACAUUAUCAUCAUCAUUAUUAUGAUCCAACAUCAGCAUAUUAUGCUGAUGCAGCUAUGGAUUCUUAUGCAUCAUCAAGUACUACAGCUGCUGCGGCUGCAUCAGUUUAUUCACCAUAUAUGGUACAUCAUCAUUCUCCACCACCAACAAAUUCAAAUUCACCUUCAAUUAAACCUGAAGCAAAUGUUACAACCGCUGCAGCAUUACAAUCUGCAUUAAGUUUAUCAACACCAAUGAAUGUUAAUGUUUCAAUGAAUUUUAAUUCUCAUAAUAUACAAUAUACAAGUGGUUAUAAUGUUCCGACACCAUCAGGAUCAGCAGCAAAUUUAUCAUAUGAACCAUUUUAUACAUCAAAUCGUCAUCAUCCUGUUACAUCAUCAUAUCAUCAUCAUAAUUCAAUUCCAUCAGAAAUUAAAAAUCGUUUGGAUCCAGUAAGUACAAAACAAGCAAUGCUUUUAUCAGCAGCUACUGGUUAUGAUUGUAAAGAUUUCACAAAAUUAUGUGAAUUUUUUCCAACACCAUCAUCAUCAUCAACGUCAAAUGAAAAACGAAAUUCUUGGUUACAAACUCAAUCAACAUCAAAAUCUUUAACUAAUAAAACUAAUGAAGGACGUAUAAAUCGUUGUCGUAUAUGUGGUAAAAUCUAUGCUCGACCAAGUACACUUAAAACUCAUUUACGUACACAUUCUGGUGAAAAACCAUAUAAAUGUGAUAAAUGUUGUAAAGCAUUUACACAAGCAGCUAAUUUAACUGCACAUUUACGUACACAUUCAGGUGAAAAACCAUUUUCAUGUGAUAUAUGUGGAAGAAAAUUUUCUCAAAGUUCAUCAGUAACAACACAUAUGAGAACACAUUCAGGUGAAAGACCAUAUCAAUGUAAAUAUUGUCGAAAAGCUUUUUCGGAUAGUUCAACAUUAACAAAACAUAUGAGAGUACAUAGUGGAGAAAAACCCUAUGAAUGUUCAUUAUGUCGUCUUCGUUUUUCACAAUCAGGAAAUCUUAAUCGACAUAUGAGAAUACAUAUGAAUGGUAGUAAUGGCCAUCCAUCGAAGUAA